AUGGUGCAAGCAUCGCCGGAGGGGCUCGCGCAAGCAUUUAUUUUGGGUGCCGGAUUUAUCGGCAACGACGACGUGUGCCUUGUGUUAGGCGACAAUAUUUUUCACGGUCAGCACUUUUCUGAAAAGCUACUCAAGGCGAAUGAAAAAGAAGCCGGAGCAACGGUCUUUGGCUACCCGGUAAAUGAUCCGGAGCGCUUUGGUAUUGUCGAACUGGAUAGCGCUGGAGAGGCCGUUUCGGUACAGGAAAAACCCUCAAGACCUCGCUCAAACUAUGCCGUAACCGGACUUUACUUUUACGACAAUAGAGUCAUUGAGAUAGCGAAAGAGGUGCGACCGUCCGAACGAGGCGAGCUUGAGAUUACGCCAAUCAAUAGCGCCUACCUGGAGCAGGAUGCGCUGGAAGUUGAGAAGCUCGGACGUGGGUUUGUAUGGCUCGAUACCGGUACUCACGAUAGUUUGUUAGAAGCAGGUCAAUAUGUUCAGACCGUUGAAAAGCAGCAGGGCCUAAAACUUGCAUGUUUGGAAGAGAUUGCCUGGCGCAAAGGAUGGAUUUCGGACCAAGAGCUUUUCGACCGGGCCCAUCAGCUUUGCAAGACCGGCUAUGGUCGCUACCUCUCCUCCCUGCUUACCUAUUAA